AUGUCUCAAGACCCAAACCUCUACGGUCAACCGCCGCCCAAAAAGCGCAAGGCCAGCGCUGCGCUCAGCAACUCCCUCGACUUUACAGCCCAGCUCACAUCCCUAAUGUCCGCAUCGUCCACCACAUCCUCCACGCCCGCCCGACCGCGACCCUCGAAAACGAAAGACAAUAUAUUUGGUAGCGCAAGACGCAAACGUCGCGAUGGCGACAACGACGCCGACAGCGAGCAAAACAAAGUUGGCAGCGGCUCAACAGAUGCAUCCAACAAGCUCAACCUUCGAGAACCUCUCGGCACGGAAGAAGAUUCCUCCAAUCUCGCCCAAGCACGACGAAAGAUGGAGGAAAAGGCACGCCUUUAUGCUGCUAUGAAGCGUGGCGACUAUGUCCCUAAGGAAAACGAGGCUGCUCCCCUCAUUGACUUUGACCGAAAAUGGGCCGAGUCGGAAGCGGGCCAGGACUGGAACGACGAAACGAGCUCUGGCUCCGACGACGGAGCUGAUCAGGACGAGGACGGUGAGACGGAAGUCAUAGAAUACGAAGACGAGUUUGGCCGUCUUCGCCGCGGCACACGAGCAGACAAGGAACGCCUCGAGCGCCAGCGCCGUCGCGGCCUCCUUGGUGCCGAGGAACUUGAGCGCAUGUCCGCUCGCCCUGCUGCUCCUUCGAAGCUCCUUUACGGCGACGCCAUUCAGACCAUGGCCUUUAAUCCCGAGGACCCGGACAGAAUGGAAGAGCUGGCACGCAAGCGCGAUCGCAGCGCGACGCCGCCUGAGGCCAGUCACUACGACGCUGACAGCGAGAUUCGCACAAAGGGUACCGGCUUCUACAAAUUCAGCAAAGACGAGGAGACGCGGCAAAAGGAGUUUCAAAAUCUCGAACAGGAGAGGAUUCGGACGGAGGCUGCGAGGACGGAGCGGGAGAAGAAUAGGGAGGCGAGGCGCAGGGAGAUUGAGCAGCGACGAAAAGACGUCGAGGUGAGGAGGGCUAAAAAGCUGGCCGACAGCUUCUUGGACGGUCUGGCAGCCGAUAUGAGCAGCAACACGGAAUCAAAGUAA